AUGCGACGCCUAGGCAGAAGACGGGUGAAAUCCAUUAGCAGCAAAAGGGGAGAAGGAGGGGGAGAUGGCUGCACAACGCAUUUCGCUGCCGGAGGUGGAGAGGUUGAGUGGAUCAGUGAUCAGGCUGUUGGCCGGGAAUCCAGGGAAGUUCACAUUACAAGGAAUCACGCCCUGUUCAAAGAUGCCGAAAACGCUAACAUGAACCCUCCCGAUUUUCACCAAAACAAAGGGACAAACACCUAUCUUAUCGGCAAAGGCAGAGACCGUCUUCUGAUAGACACAGGUGAAGGGCAACCCAGCUGGUCUGCCUCGCUAAGGGGGGUCCUGGAGGCCGAAAAGGCCACUGUGAAGCAAGCACUCCUGACGCACUGGCACCGAGAUCAUGUUGGAGGUGUCCUGGAUUUGUUGGAGAUUUGUCCCAAUGCUAAAGUGUACAAAUACGAUGGGGAAGGGGAUGAGUUGAAUAUUGUGGACGGCCAGGUUUUUACGGUGGAGGGUGCGACGCUGAGAACGAUACAUACUCCCGGUCAUACAACGGACCAUGUCACGUUUCUGUUGGAAGAGGAGAAUGCAUUGUUUACGGGUGAUAACGUCCUUGGUCAUGGCACUGCAGUUUUCGAGGACCUUGCUGUGUACAUUGCAACAUUGGAGAAGAUGCGUAACCUUGGUGCUAGCAGGGGAUAUCCUGGACAUGGAGCUGUGAUUGAAGACUGCAAAGCUAAGAUUACUGAAUACAUUGAGCACCGACGGCAGAGGGAGGAAGAGAUACUGCGAGUGUUGAGGUUUGGAAGUCUAGACAGCGGCAACCCAGGUACAGGAGGAGCAUUGUAUAAACCUCGUGCUAUGUCGCCAGACGAGCUGGUUUCAGUUAUUUAUCCGGAUAUCGCAGAUCAGUUACGCAUGCACGCCUCGCAUGGUCUGAUCCAGGCAUUGAUGAAGCUGGAAAAUGAGGGCAAGGUGACGUCGGAUAGAAUAUCUGGGCGGUGGAAGGUUAGUGGUGGGAAAAUAUCUUUGUGA